AUGGAAGGGAAUCGAGAAUCUGCAGAGGAGGUGAGUAAAUCAAUUCUUUUUGUUUCUUGGAGGAAACCUGUUAUUGGUUGGGUAAAACACAAUGUAGAUGGGAGUUCUAUUGGCAAUUCGGGACCUUUUGGAGGUGGGGGAGUGAUUAGGGAUCAUUAUGGAAAUUUGGUUGUUAGUUUAUGUGUUAAAUAUGGUCAUGGAAGCAACAAUGAAGUGGAAUUGCGUGCUGUCAUUUUUGGGGUAGAGCUAUGUAAAGAGAUGGUUUUUCAAGGGGUUGAGAUUGAGUGUGAUUCAGCAGUAGUGGUAAACUGGUUCACACACAAUUUAUGUAAGAUUUGGUACUUGUGGGAUUACUGGGAUGAGUUAUUAAAUUUGCUUAGCGGCAUCAGUUUCACUAUCUCUCAUCAGUAUAGAGAAGAUAAUAGAGCAGCAGAUCUUCUAGCCAAUGGCCUCAUGAUGAGAUACAUGCACUUAGACCAAAUACCAAAACUAUUAAGAGGUAUUAUUCAUAUGAACAAGCUUGGUUUUCCCAACAUUAGGCAAUAG